AUGGUUUGGGGCAUGACUGUUUCGGAGAUUUCUACAGAUACUCCAGAACCUCCUGCCAAUGGGCUCGCGCGUCGCACUGGCUAUGGCAUCAGCCCAGAUAAACGCUGCGUGACAUUUAAUGAAGAAAAUAUCCUCUGGCUACCGAUAGAGUUUCGUCCUACUUGCUCAACUGUAUCAGGAUCAACCAUCGCUAUUGGAUGCAGCUCAGGGAGAGUUAUAGUGAUCGAGCUUUCCCAUCGCGGGAUAUCAGAUGUAUGCAGCAAUUAA